UUUUUGCAAAAGGAGAAAUGGUGUACUUUACGAAAUCAAAUUUAUUAAAAGCGAAAUUGUAAAUAUUCUUUAUAUUUAUUACGCACUUAUUGAAGAAAGUGGAUGUGCAUAUGAACAUAGCGUGUGUUGUGUUACGAGAUACGAGCGUGAAAAGAAAAGUGACUUCGAUCUGGUUCUGACUGUGUGUGAAUCUUGUGAGAGAGCGAGAGCGAGCUUAAAAAGGAAAUAUACAACAUAAAAUAUUACGUGUGUGAGCUGUUCUGAAAACAUACAUUCAUAUAUUGAAGGCAUUACAUCUGUAAUGUUACAACUAACCCUUUAUCAAUAGUAAUUUUGAAAAACACUCAAAAUGGAUUUCGUGCAAGUGUCCGAGGAGGAGGGUGACGAGCCCAUCGAGCUUCCAGCUGAAGAAGAUGGCACAUUAUUAAUAUCGACACUGCAAGCACAGUUUCCUGGUUCAUGUGGACUUAAGUACAGGAAUAUGGACUCAAAAGCCGUACGGGGUGUUCGCUCAAACGAAGGAAGACUUUUCCCGCCUUGUGUUGAUUCGGGCUGGGGGGAAUAUGUCUACUUUUGUGUGUUUCCAAAAGGUAUACCAAAUUUGAGAAGUUCUGCCGAACAGCUCGACAGUCCUUAUCGCCCCAUAUUGCCUCCCAUAGAGAACAAACGUAAGAGCGACGAUAACUUGGAAAAUUCAACGGCAAAAACAAAACGUAUUGAAACCCGUUUACGUUGCACCGACUUAAUUGUCUUGGGACUGGCUUGGAAAACAACGGAAGAUAGUUUACGGGAGUACUUUGAGAGUUAUGGCGAGGUGCUAAUGGCCCAAAUUAAAAAAGAUGUCAAAUCGGGGCAAUCGAAAGGAUUUGGAUUUGUACGCUUUGGCUCUUAUGAAGCACAAAUGCGUGUACUCGCAAAUCGGCAUUUAAUCGAUGGCCGUUGGUGUGAAGUCAAAGUGCCCAACUCAAAGGGUAUGGGUCAUCAAGUGCCAUGUAAAGUAUUCGUUGGUCGUUGCACAGAGGAUAUCAACUCUGAUGAUCUGCGGGAAUACUUUUCGAAAUUCGGCGAGGUAACCGAUGUCUUCAUUCCCCGACCAUUUCGAGCUUUUAGCUUUGUGACAUUCCUUGAUCCGGAUGUAGCCCAAUCUCUCUGCGGCGAGGAUCACAUAAUUAAGGGUGUGUCUGUGCACGUGUCAAAUGCGGCGCCCAAAGCCGAACAGAACCGGAGUCAUCAGGCGCAAAAUUACAGCUAUAACACGGGCAAUAGUUACGGGAUGCAUUCGUACCAUCCGCAGGGGAAUCACAUGAACUCAGGCCGUAGCGGACAUCACAGAGGUAAUAACCAACACAUUGCACACGGAGGUGGUGAUAACACUGCAAUCGGCAAUAGUCACAGCAACAUUGGCAGUGGUGGCUACGGAAUGGGUGGAAAUAAUUUUGGUGGAAAUUUAAAUGGGGGUUACACGAACAGUAGUAAUCACAAUAGUGGUGGGAACAUGAACCGUCAAGAUGGUGGUGGCGGUGGUAUUCCCUAUAAUAGGCAGAAUAAUUUUCAUGGCAUGAAUCAGCCACACAAUGGCAACGUAGGCAAUGGCGGUUGGAUGAACAGGGGACAUUUGGACAUGCCUAACCUACAAGCGUUAGGCAUAAAUUCUCAAGGAUCCAGCUCUUCAAAUCAAGGGCAAAACAUGAACAACCCAUUAGGCGUCGGACUUAAUUUAAACUCAUUGCCGAUGAACCCUGCUUUGGUUGCUGCUGCGUUGAAUCAGUGGAGCCUUCUUGGCAAUCAGCUGCAAAAUCAAAACCAGGAUCAGCAGGGAGGCAAUUUUUUAUCAUGGAUGGCUCAAAACAGCGGACAGCAUUCCAACGCUUCCAAUAUGAAUAACUCGGGUAGCCGCAAAGGACCAAACAAUCCAAACAACUCUGGUUCUGGCGGCAUGAGUAAAGGCGACAGUUCAGCUUCAAAUGAUCAGAACGGCGGCCCUCCUGGCGGCAACUCUUGGUCAAAUCAAAGCAGUGGCUCCCAAAACUCUGUCGACAAAUCUAAUUUUCUCUAAAAUAUAUAUAUAAAAAAAGCACUUUGCCAAUAUGGUACGAAUAAAAACAAAAAUUUUUAA